UGUCAAAUUCGAUGUGCAGUCCCUAAUCCUCCGUCUAACUUGACUGUCACUCAAAACGGUGUGGACAGCGUGCUGGUGUCGUGGACGCCCUCAGAUGGAGCAGAGCUAUACUUCAUAAUAUACGAACAUGUUCUCAUCUCUGGAAUGAUGGUGGUACAGGGAACUCUUGACUCGGCCACAGUCAGACUGGAUCCGGCAUUUUCAAUGCCUGGGUCUCCUUUCUCAUUCAUGCUGGUGGCUCACGCUGCCCUGCCCAGUGUUGAAGUUGGUCCAGUCGAUAUCACUCUAGGAAAACUGGAUGUCAGGCUCUUUGCUCCAUUGGAAGGAGGUCCAGUACUUGGUAGAAACUUUACCCUG